AUGGCCAAGAACCGUAUGCCCGCGCAGGGUCUUGGAGGACCGUCGAGCCAGGUCAGCGGGUCGAGCGUCCACGCAUGGUGGGGGACCUCGAAAGGCCAGGCUCGUGUAAGGCCCAGCGGGUGGCCCUUCAGCUCGAUUAGUUCCGGCGAAGCCCGUUCCAUGUCGUCCCAUUGUCAUCCUUCCAUGUGUCCUUGCAUGCCUGGCUGUAACGCCCGAAGUGACCGCCGCCUGUCAAUUGACGAGCAAGUGCGUAUUCGAGUGAACAUCGUCGAGCCUAUUUCGCAUCAACUGUCGCCCCUCAUUCUCGUCCUGGGCAUUGGCUGGAGCCGCAAGAAGGCUCUGCGACGGCUGAUCUCAACCAAGACUACAGGCCCUGUGCUGAUGUGCGAGUCAGUCGUAGGGUCAGGCAGCGAGAGACCUGUCCUACAGAGUGAAACAAAAGAGGCUGGCUCGUUGAACAGUCUUCAAAAAACAGAGGACAUUUUCUUUCCAGUUUUGCUCGUCGCUGUAUCGUCUCGAUCCUUCAGAGCAACAUACGCUGAAAAUCAUGCGACCCCGCGAUGCUGCCAAGAAUACUGCUCACGGCUGCUGCGCGCUGCCUGGCUGAACACUCAACCGCCACCUCCGCCCCCCGCUAAGCGCCUCGCCUCAUCCCCAUGGGGAUAAAGAGUAUGGCCCAUGGUGAAGGGUUCAUGAUGGACUGAUGGCGAUGUUGGUUCUGGAGUCAUGUGAGGGCCAGUACCAUUUCAAUCAGCCCUGGUCUGCAUUUCCAUCCCUAGCUUCGACAAUAGAUCUGGAAUCUUCGCGUCUUGA